GAGAAGCACCUUAUGGCUGAGAUUGAGAAAUUCUAUAAGUCCAAGUUGAAGAAGACAGAAACUCAAGAGAAGAAGCUGCUGUCUUCUAAAGAAACAAUUGACUUGGAAAAGCAAGUUGGUGAAUCCUAA